AUGCUUUUACCUUCACCUUAUACCUUCACCUCUCUAGCUCUUUACUACAAUGCUUGCAUGUUCCUCUCCUACCAGUGUCUGACACUAGGUAAACUUCGUCUCCUUCCCCUCCUCGAGUCUCUUGUCGCAUUUUUCCCUAACACUCCAAACCUUGCAUCGCCUGACCAGACCGAGCCGAGGCUCUCUGGUUCUAACCUUGAUGUUGCUCCUCUCUCUCAUACAUCUAACACAAGGAUAUCACCUUGGCUUCAGCUGGUUCCUCAAAUGGAAGUUGUAGCAGUCAGCACUUGUGUCCUGGUACCGAAGCUUCGCCACUCUGGGAUUCGUGUUUUAGAAGAUCAGAUCGCCCGACAGAAGUUGGCUAUUUCAUCCGCUCUGCUCAAAGCAGACGGCUUCAAGAGUUAG